AAUAGACUACGUCACCAGCCAGCCCACCACAGUCGAAGCCGUGAGUAAAAUCCAGACUAAGUGCGAGCAUGGAGUCUUUACUCAAGUCACCAAUGAAACUUGUACUUUUGACAGCAUGGCUCUCCAGUCUGAUGGACCCAUGCAGCCUCUCUGACAUUUGCGAUUCUUGUCACCAACUUGCAACAUGCAAGGCCCUCAAUGGAUCACACAAUGCCUGCUUCUGUAAACAUGGAUAUACUGGAGAUGGAACCACUUUUUGCAAUGAUGACAAUGAGUGCCAGAAUGUGACCAAUAUCUGCGGAGAGAGGGGGAACUGUACCAACACAGCAGGCAGCUACUACUGUACAUGUGUCACUGGAUAUAAAUCAACAGGAAUAGCUGAGUUUCAGCCCAAUGACGGCACAGAAUGCAUUGAUAUUGAUGAAUGCAAGUCAGAACAAGUCUGUGGGCCAAACUCACACUGCCAUAAUACGAAUGGAUCUUUCUAUUGCACCUGUCAGCGUGAUUAUAUCCCAUCGUCAGGCACUAAGCACUUUCAUCCUGAGAGGGGUGUAAAAUGUAAAGAACAUCCUCAAAAAAACUGCCAUGACAACAUCAGAUGUACAACGCAGGCCGUCAACAAAACUCUUGAAUAUUUGAGCAACCUCACGGAGCCCCAGAGCCUGUUGAAAGAAAUUGCCAAGCAGUCGUCUGGUGAACUUACCUCAGUGGAAGUGAUAGCAUAUGUCGAAGCCCUGAGUCGAUCCGCAUCAACGCUGGCUGCUGGAGAAAAGGAUUACACUGUCAAACCAUCUGCCGUCAACUCCACUCUUUCAAAAUUAGUGAAGGCUGUAAACAACCUGGUGGAAAAGGACGAGAUGGUUGCUUGGAGCAGAAUGAACGAGGAGCGUCGUGACCAUACAAUCACUAAACUCCUGCAUUUUGUCGAAGAAACUGCUCUUUCUUUGGCCGGGAACUACAAAACUCCAACUGAGCUCGAAAUCAAAGCUUCUGAAAUGGAAUUAAAAGUCUACACACUUGAUAGUCUUCACACACUGUCCACUUCCAUUGGAGGAGAUCACAUAAGUCUCACACCAAAAACGGCUACAGAGAAGGACACAAAUGAGAGUGUGUCCGUGGUGUUUGUGCGAUAUGACAGUGUCAGUGACAUCCUGAAGCCGAGCAGCGACCCUGGUGUCACCGACUACUCACGGUAUGCAGAAACUGGGGAGAUCACUGUCAACUCUCAAGUUAUGGCAGCCGCCGUCAAGCCAGCUGGCGUUUACCAACUUGACCAUGUCACCUUCACUUUGAGACACAACCAGCCCAUCGACACUAAAGCUGAUGUGACAAAGUGCGUCUUCUGGGACUACGAGGUGAACAGCCUGCAGGGCCGCUGGGCCACUCACGGCUGCAAGACGGUCCACGUCAACAGCAACACAACGACCUGCUCCUGCAAUCACCUCACACAUUUUGCAAUUCUCAUGUCCUCUGGGAGAGCCAACCUGGUGGCCCACUAUACCGUCUUGACCCGGAUCACACAGUUGGGGAUGAUCAUCUCCCUCAUCUGUUUGUCCAUGUGCAUCUUCACCUUCUGGUUCUUCAGUGAGAUCCAGAGCACCAGAACCACCAUCCACAAGAACCUGUGCUGCAGCCUCUUCAUGGCCGAGUUCAUUUUCCUCGUGGGGAUCAACAUGAACACACACAAGCUUUUCUGCUCUGUGAUUGCAGGGCUACUGCACUAUUUCUUCCUUGCGGCCUUUGCCUGGAUGUGCAUUGAGGGCAUCCAUCUGUACUUAAUCGUGGUUGGCGUCAUCUACAACAAAGGCUUUCUGCACCGCAACUUUUAUAUCUUCGGGUAUGGAAGCCCGGCAGUGGUGGUGGCCAUUUCAGCAACUCUUGGCUCAAAGUACUAUGGCACGGACAAAGUGUGUUGGCUGAGCACAGAAAACCAUUUCAUCUGGAGCUUCAUUGGACCUGCAUGUUUGAUCAUCCUGGUUAAUCUCUUGGCUUUUGGAGUAAUCAUCUACAAGGUGUACCGGCACACUGCUGUGAAAAAGCCCGAAAUCAGCCACUAUGAAAACAUCAGGUCCUGUGCCCGAGGUGCUUUGGCUUUGUUAUUCGUGCUUGGCGCCACCUGGACCUUUGGGGUGCUACACAUUCUCAAUGAGACCACCCUCACUGCCUAUUUGUUCACAAUCACCAACGCCUUCCAGGGAAUGUUCAUCUUCAUCUUCCUCUGUGUGCUGUCCAGAAAGAUUCAGGAAGAGUACUACCGAUUGUUUAAAAAUGUGCCAUGUUGUUUCGAAUGCCUAAGAUGAAUGAAUGCAGCCGAAGCCUGACCAUCUGCACUUGCACAAUAAUAUUCUACAAUACAGCUUUGCAAUAUCCUCCUGACUUAUGUUGUCAUGUUUCAGAAGAUACUCUGGGAGAAGUGUUGAGUACAGAUGUACAAUAAAUGUUAAACGUGUAGCAUUGUAGUUUUUCUGUCUUCUUUUCCCUCUUUUAAGAUUAGUAAAUACAUUGAAUUCAUUCUUUCAUGAACAUAACCUUUAUUCACAGUGAAAUAACAUUGACUAUUCUGAAAAUUAAAUUUUUAUAAUAACAAAAUAAAUACUUGUGGUGCUUUCAGAGUAAUUUCAUGCUUUGCAGUUAUCGGCACUCUGCUGCAAGUAGACCUGCACGCCGUUGGUCUUUGUCCCUUUCGUUUGUUUAAAAUGGACUUGUAAAUUAUUAAAAUGAGUGUG